CUAAGCAAAACCUUUAUUGCAUAUUGACGACAACAUAUCAAAAAUGUUGUACCGAAAAUUAUUGCUGUUAAUUUUUAUAGAAACUUGUGUGGCCACAAGUAACUCCAGAUUUCCGAAAAAUUUCAUGUUCGGUUGCGCCACUGCUGCUUUCCAAAUAGAAGGCGCUUGGAACGAGGAUGGCAAAACGCCAAGCGUAUGGGACACAAAAAACCACCAAAUACCAUCAGUAAUCAGAGACAACCAAACAGCAGACAUCAGCUGCGAUUCCUACCACAAAUACAAAGAAGACAUAGCCUUACUAGCGCAAAUCGGCGUAACCCACUACAGAUUCUCCAUAUCAUGGCCGAGGAUACUACCAAACGGCUUCAACGACACCAUCAACCAACUAGGAGUGGACCACUACAGGAAAUUCAUCAAAGAACUCAAAGCCAACAACAUCGAGCCGAUGGUGACCAUUUACCACGGCGACAUGCCCCAGAGCCUGGGCGACCUGGGCGGCUUCUACAACGCCAGCUCCGUCCAAUGGCUCACCGACUACGCCCGCGUGCUCUUCGACUUGUACGGCGACGACGUGAAGAUCUGGUUCACCAUCAACGAACCCUACGAAACGUGCAUUUGGGACGGCGUGGUCAAAGCCUACGAGUGCUCCAAGAACCUGCUGAAGAUCCACGCCAGCAUUUGGCACCUGUACGACCGCGAGUACCGCGCCAAGCAAGCCGGCGCUGUAUCCAUACCGCUGAACCUCAACUGGUACGAGCCUGAGACCAACAGCACGGCUGAUAUCGAAGCGGCGAAUACCAAACUUCAAUUUUCGUGGGGUUUCUUCGGGCAUCCGAUCUACAAAGGCGACUGGCCGGAGGUGAUGAAGAGACGGAUAGCGAUGAGGAGCCGAGGCGAGGGCUUCGAGAAAUCGCGGCUGCCGGAGUUCACCGAGGAGGAGAUCGAGUUCAUCAGAGGCACCAGCGACUUCUUCUCGGCCAACACGUACACCACCUCCAUUAUCAGGGCGGAAGCCGAGCCGCCCUUCGGGGAGCCCACCAUCGAGUCGGACGUGGGGGUGUUCGAGUACCAGAGGCCCGAAUGGCAGGGCGCGGCGUCCUCUUGGCUCAAAGUGACGCCUUGGGGUAUAAAAAAGCUGCUGGUUUGGUUGUAUAACGAGUACGAUAAACCCCAAAUACUGGUUAGCGAGAACGGUUACUCGGAUUCUGAUGGAAGGCUGGACGAUCCGAUUCGAGUUAAUUAUUUAAGGGAUUACUUGAGUAACAUCAGGGAAGCGAUGGAAGAAGGUGUGGAUGUCAUUGGUUACGUUGUUUGGACUUUGAUAGAUAAUUUCGAAUGGAAUGCGGGUUACACGUAAGAAAGGUUCGGUUUGGUGCAAGUUGAUUUUAACGAUCCGAAUCGGACUAGGACGAGGAAAAACUCAUCGUAUUAUUAUGAAAAAGUUUGUAGAACGAGGUGUCUUGUAGAUGAGUGUGUUUAAUAAAAUAUACCAGUUUGUUUCUUUAUUGCUCUUAUUGAUUAAAUGCAUAAUCCUUUGCACUUGUGUGUAUUGAAAGAGAGUA